CAACGUGCGUUUCCAAUGUUUGGCCGCUGUAAAUGAACAUGUGAGAAGCCGCUCCGUUGAGCGUCUGAAAAAGAGCGAAACAACUGUGGGCCUUACCUGGGGAAAAAAACAACCCGGCUAAUAUUUUUUAGGUUCUAGUAUGCUAGCGAGCUCGCAGUCUGUGUGUGUGUGUGUGACCAGCACAGCGCAUUGGUGAUGGUACGCGGCGGCGAGCGGUCAGAUUCCACGGUUAACGGAGAGUGGGGGAGGGGGUUACCUAAGCGACUGCUCUGCGGUGCCUUGGUUUUGCGGGGACCUCCCCUCGCCACCCACCCCCCCGCAAAUAAACCCACGGAGUCUCCAGAUCAGCUGUUCACCACCUACCCUGUGGGUCUGCAGGCCGCCUGGUGGUCCCCCGAUGCUACUGCUACUACCACAGGGGGGCGUCCACGGUAAAAGACGACAAAAUUAAUAACGACAUCCUCGCCAAGGAAAUGAAUGUGCAAUGUCAAAUCACCGGGUAGUCGAUGUAGGGUGUGGCGGUCCGAGAAAUGUUUGGAGGUUCAAAAAGUGGAUCUGCUACGGCCCGGUGUCCUGCGGUACGGCGGGGCAAGGCGGGGCAAGGCGGGGCAAGCCGCGCCGGCGCUGAUCACGGACACCAAAACGGCGUGCACACGCGCGGCACUUUUAACUUCGGCACUGAACAAGGGUGGCAGGACGGAGCAUACAAAAGGUGAUCGUGGUGCACGUCAAUCCUGGGGAGACGUUCACGAUACGAGCCAAGGAUGGCUCGGUGCAGUGCAUACAGGGUCCAGCCCAGGUUCCCAUGAUGUCUCCCAAUGGGUCCAUACCUCCCAUCCACGUGCCACCAGGCUACGUGUCGCAGGUGAUCGAAGACAAUGGCGUGCGGAGGGUGGUGGUGACACCGCAGUCCCACGAAUUCCACCCGCACGGCCACCCCAGCCUGCCCCCCCCGCACAUGCAUCCGCACUACAUGCACCACCCGCCGGCGCACCUCAUCCCGCACCCCCAGCACAUGUACGCGCAGGUCGCGGAGGUGCCGCCACAGUACCUCGCUCAGCCGCUGCCCCCGCAGGUCUACGAACCAGACUCGGCGGGGCCUCACGGGCGGCAGAGCUACGCAUACCGCGACGAGCGCGCCAGCAAGACACACGAGCGGCUGCAGAAGAAGCUGAAGGAGCGGCACCACCAGGGCGAGUGGCACAGCCGCGAGCGCGCCGACACGGCCGGCGGCAGCCCCGCCGCGUCGCCGCGCAAGAGCCAGGCCGCCUCGCCCGACAGCUGCGCGUCCCCGUCCCCGUCCUCCGCCGCGACGGCGGUGCCGGCGCCACCGCUGCUGCUGCACAACGGCCACAAGGGCGGUGGCAGUGGCGGCAGCCCCUCGGCCACCUCCUCCGGCUACUCCAGCUCGCUGUCGGCGUCGCCCUCCUCCUCCGGGUCCGGCAAGCGAGGCGCGGAAGAAUGCCGGUCGUGCGGCACGCAGGCCGACGAGAGGGACGCGGCAGGAGACUUCACCAUGGAGAACAAGAGGUUGCAAGAGGUCCUCUCUGAGAUCGAGAAACCACAGGUUGUGGAGGUGCUGGCUCGCGAGGUCCAAGUGAGUUGGCAGCCGCUGCCCGGGUUGCAUCCGGAAGACGAUUCCAGCGAGAGCCAGGGCCAGCCCUCGUGUCUGUACGAGCUUUCGCUGUCUACCAAGGCCAAGGAAGCCAAGUACAGGACGGUGUACAGGGGUGAAGAGCCGGAAUUCAAGUUAACAGACCUGAGGCCUGCGACGGAAUACCACAUCAGGGUGUGCGCUCUGUGCGACGGUGUCAAAGGCUCGAACUCGGAGCACGCCACCUUCACGACGUCCCCCGCCGCUCCCGAGACCCCCAGUCCCCCGAAGCUCACGAGCAGAACCAAGUCUACGCUCGUGAUGCAGUGGAAGCCUCCUGCGGACAACGGCUCGAAAGUGACGGGCUACGUCUUGGAGUGGGAUGAGGGAAUCAAGGGCGGCGCUUUCAAGAACUGUUACAACGGCCACCAGCGGCAGUACCGGGCCAGCAAGCUGUCGCCGUCCGUGGCCUACCGCUUCCGCCUGGCGGCCAAGAACGACGUGGGGACCAGUGACUUCAGCGACGAGGCGUGCUUCAUCACGUCGGGCAGCAUCCCGCCACCGCCGUCUGCCCCGUGCCUGCACCGCGCUGCCGUCACCUGGCUCGCCAUCACGUGGAGCCGCCCCUCCGGCCUGCCCGCCGAGGAGAGCCUGCAGUACCUGCUGGAGAUGGACGACCCGAGCACGGGCUACGGAUUUCGGCCCAAGUACAACGGAGAGGAAUUGAUAUACACCAUCAGGAACCUGAGGAGAAGCUCCGAGUAUAAGUUCCGGCUCUUCGUAUCCAACGUGGAAGGGAGGAGCGGUCCGAGUGAAGUUGCGACGUUUGUAACUCAACCAGACAAACCCGGAGCUCCGAGCAAGCCGGUUGUCAAGGGGAAGCUACUUCCUCACUCCUUCAAGGUCCUAUGGGAGCCGCCAAAAGACAACGGCGGCGUCGAAAUCACCAAUUACACGCUGGAGCUGGUGGAAGGGGACAAGAUGCCGUGGGAGGAGGUGUACAGCGGACCGCAGCGCGAGCACUCGUGCGACCACAUGAGGCCCGGCGCGUCCUACCGCCUCCGCGUGUCCUGCACGAGCGAUGGAGGCACAAGCCAGUUCUCAGAAGUGUGCGCCAUUCAGCUGCCGCCGAUUGCCCCGGGUCCCUGCAACCCUCCUCGGGUCUUGGGGAAACCCAAAGCUCGAGAGCUUCACAUCCGAUGGAGCCCGCCAGCGAUGGACGGAGGCUGCCCUGUGGCGGAGUACACCGUGGAGCUCGGCGGGCCCCAAGUGGAGCCGCGGGAGGCCUUUGUGGGCCCUGAGCUAGAGUGCACGGUCCAGAGCCUGCUGCCCGGACGCUCGUACACGCUGCGAGUACGAGCAGCCAACAAGGCCGGGUACGGACCCUACUCGGAGCCCAUAGAGAUGAACACAGCAGCCGGCGUGCCGGAGCAAUGUCAGCCGCCUACCAUCACCUGCAGAAGCGCAACUUCGGCGAGCGUCAGCUGGGAGAGUCCCUUUAACAACGGAGCGGACGUCACGGAGUACCGGCUGGACUGGGGGUGCGAGGAGGGCUCGCUGCAGCACACGUACGCCGGUGGCUCGCAGAGCCACGAGCUCAAGGGGCUCUCCCCGGCCACCUUCUACUUCUGCCGCGUCCAGGCGGUGAAUUCGGCCGGCGCCGGGCACUUCAGUGCCGUCGCCACGGCCUGCACGCCCCCGUCGGCGCCGGCGGCCGUGAGCUGCGUCCGCGUCCUGCAGGACGGCGGCGACUCCGGCCUCACCGAGCCCAACGCCGACGCCGCCGCGGCCGCCGCCUUCUGCCCGUCAUCGUGCUUGGCCGUGGCGUGGGAUGAGCCGUGCUGCCACGGCUCCGACAUCGUGGCCUACAACGUGGACUUUGGCGAGAGGCAGCCAGCGGCGACGGAGCGAGCGGCCGCCCGGCGGCACGUCAUCCGCAACCUCGCGCCUGACACCACCUACAGGAUACGAGUGCAGGCGGUGAACGCGGUCGGGGCGGGCCCCUUCAGCCAAGCGGUCAAAGCCAAGACCAAGCCGCUGCCUCCCGAGCCGCCGCGCCUCGAGUGCUCCGCCUACGGCCCCCAGAGCCUCAAGCUCAAGUGGGGGGAGGGCGGUGCUUCCUCCAGGGCGGCGGCCGCCGACUCGGUCGUCUACAGCCUGCAGAUGGAGGACCGCGCCGGAUGCUUCACGGCGGUGUACACGGGGAGCUGCCACACGUUCAAGGUGCAGCGUCUGAGCGAGCGGACGGCCUACGCCUUCCGCAUCCAGGCCACGAACGAGGCCGGCGACGGCCCCUUCUCGGAGACGCACACCUUCCGUACCACGCGCCUGCUGCCGCCCGCUGUCAAAGGCUUGCGGGUGCAACAGAUGGACGGCAACGCUUGCGAAGUGCUCUGGGAGGCCGUGCCACCCAUGCGGUCGGACCCCGUGAUCUACGUGCUGCAGCUGGCGCUCGUCGCCACCGCCAGGGACGCCGAUUACAAGCAGGUGUACAAGGGCCCGGACACGCAGCACCGGCUCUACGGGCUGCACACGGGCAGUGAGUACCGCCUGCGCGCUUGCGCGAUCCGCCAGUGCACGGAGCAGCAGGGAGUCCCCCCGGCAGCCGCUCAGCUAUCGUCAACAACAACAACAACAACCUCCUCGUCGUCAUCGUCGUCAACGGUGUCAUCGUCGUCUUCAUGUUCGUGGUCGUCGGCGGCGACCGCCGCCACGGCGACGUCCCCGUCUUUGUCGCCGGGGACGGGGGCGACCACGCGGGAGCUGAUUGGUCCGUUCGGCGCCGCCGUGACCUUUCACCUGCAACGGCCGCAGUCGCAGGCCUCGGCGGACGGGGCCGCCAGGCCGGGCGGCGGCCACGACGGCGGCGGUGGCGCCGCCGCGACUGCGGAGGGGGCGGCCAAGGCGCUGAGCGACGAGCAGUGGGCCGCCAUCAUCCUCGUCGCGUUCGCGGGCUUCUCCAUCCUCAUCGCGGUCUUCAUCCAGCACAUGGUCAUAAUGUGAAACUUCGUUUCGGCUGCCCCGCGACAAUUGUAAAACGGUACACGCGGAAAUAUUUAAGGAGAUGAAAACGUAUUUCUUGGCCGAUUUUUUUAUUUUUUCACUUAUUUUUUUUUUUAUUUUUACAAAAACGGUUAAUUUGUGGCACGGAGUACAUUGUGUUUUUUUUGUUGUUGGAUGGUUUUUGGGGUGGUUCAAGGCAGUUAUGCUAAUAAUGGUUUGUUUGUUUUGCAGUUCCAAUUACAUCUUAAGUAAAAUAAGAUAACUAUUUGGACAACGUGCCCGAGAUUGCACGUUGAGAAUCCUGUGUCUUUUCCAAAAGAAAGUGCGCUAACUUUGUAGUUUCCCUUCGAAUCUCUGAACCAUUCCACUCUCUUGCGGUGUCGUGGAUUCAUGCCAUGGGACUCCUUGUCCACAAGGGACGCGGGGGAAGAGAUCUUCGCCGUUAAUUUGCCGACGCGAGUUGGACCGUCGACGUUUGUCCCCGCAAUAUUUAAAAAACGCGCCUACACACACAACCCCCCCCCCCCAGCUUGUCCUCGUGGCCCACACCAAUUCGGACGAGCCACGCUUCCAACGUCGCCUUUCCGCCACUUUUCACUUCGGCGAAACCGUUCCGAGUGUGGGCGCCGGCGAAUUUGGCGUCGGUAAAAGCGUGGGUCACCUUCGAGGAUUCGAUGUUCAUUUUAAAAUCCAGGCUUUGGUUUAAGAAUUUUUAUUCUUUUUUUUUCGGCGUCAGCACACCGUGGUCCGUGCGUUUUGUGUGCGUUCGUAGGUGCCCUCUUUUUUUUCUUCCUUCGAGC